ACUUGUUGCCUAUAAAUACUAAGUAUUAACAGUGCACAAGAUGGUGAUAGUAAAGUGGAGAGCACUUCACACUCUGAUUAGGAGUAACAGUCUGCUGUACAGGAAAGUAGAGUGUGUAAACUGGGAAUACAAUGUUUCUACGUUUAGUGCACCUUUGUGUCAUUUUGACUCUGUGCAGUGUGAGCUCUGGCUUCAGCUGCCGAUGGAUCAAUCUUAGAUUCAAGCAGCACCAUGCGACAUGUUUAGCACUGCUUAGAGAAAUGGGAGAGGAAAUCAGCGUCAAUGCCUCCAUCCCGGAUAACUGGCAUCACUGGUUCUUUAACCAAAGCUAUUCUCAGCCAGAGAAACAGAUCUGGUUCAUCGUUCAGACUCUGGAUGAGGUCUCUCGUUUAUUGGAAGAUUCAGACUCUGUCUCCUGGAACAAGGACAAGCUGGAAACUUUCUUACAUAUGCUGGAUCUGCAGGCCAACGGACUAUGCUCAUGUCUUGAGCACAAAAUGAAAAAGAACAAAAGAUUGCCCUUAUACUUCAAACAACUAAGAGAUUUCACCAAGAACGACAAGCAGGAGAAGAACGAGGCAUGGGAGUGGAUCAGAAAAGAACUGCUUCAACUAUUCGGGCUGUUGGACUUUUUCCCUGCUGUCUCUGUGAAUCAUGCUGAAAAUGACAACUAAUAAUCAGUUGAAAUCUUGCAGUGGUGACCCGUAGGUUG